UAAUAUAUUAGAGGGUGUAUUAAUGUAGAUACCAAAAGCUGUGUACAAAAGUAGUGAGUAUUAGAGGAGGGAUGAUAUCGUUUGGAUGGUGUGUAUCAUACGCAAAGAGGGGUACAUUCAGUAGCCGUCGAAACACAGUAGAGCAAGCGCGAGUUGGACGCAGUUUGAGGCGAGACUUCGCCCGCGCAACUUCAACCCUUAAAUUUAUACCUGCUCUCAGAGCUUUUUUGUGAACGCGAAGUUUUAACAACUUGUGAUUUUCAUUUGAUAACUUAUUUCUUUUUUUUCUUUUCAUACAUUAAUACUAACUUUAAUGACAAUUUUACGUGAUCUUUUAAAUUUUUUUUCUGCAAUAUUGUGACAAACUUUUUGUUAUAUAAAAUAAUAUUAAUUUUGGGCCAAAACAGUUUCCAUAGACUUUUGAUGUAGAUUUUUAAUCAUGCAUCAAAUCAUUUUUGUGCUACUCCUAUUACUCUUUAGAGUGAGUAAUGGCAUUCAAAUGUUUGAAGAAACACCGCAGUACACAGAAAUUAACCCAGGAGAAGAUGCAAAACUUAUUUGUCGUGUUUUAGGCAAACGUGGGUUAUGCAUUUGGCAAAAAGAUCAAAAGCCAAUUGGAAUGCACUUAAAAAAAUACGAGUGGGUUGCUUCACCGGAUUUAGGUGACUGUUCACUUUGGGUAAGAUCUGCAACCCUUGAGUUUGAUGAUGGAUUAUGGCAGUGCCAAGUUACGGCCAGUGAUUUUACUACCCAAGAUGCACUGGCGUCAGAACCAGCUAGACUUGUAGUCAGAGUCAGCCCUCAGCGUCCACAGAUAGAGUAUGCUGGUGCUGUAAUUCUACCGGGUGGCAACGUGACAGCUCGAGCAGGUGAGAUUGCUACGCUCACUUGCACUGCUCGCUAUGGGAAUCCUCCGCCUCUAAUUAAAUGGUAUCUGAGAGACACGGAGUUGCGAACCACAAGGCCACAGGUAAAUGCCACAGAGAUUGAUAAUCCACGAACGUGGUCCACCCGAAGUGUUUGCGAUAUUGAGGCUGAUCGUUCGAGAUACGGUCAUCUGAUUCGAUGCGAGGCCAAUCAUCCAGCAUAUCCUACUAAAACUUCGAAUGUUGAAGUACGAUUCGAUGUUACAUAUGCACCAGAAACUCGUUUGGUUGGAGUACCAGUAGGGCCAUUAGAAGAAGGCCGAGAUAAAUUAGAAAUACGAUGCCUAGCAAAUGCAAAUCCAACAGCAUCAAUUCUAUGGAAACGCAUAAAAGGCGCAGAUAUGGAAGUUGUUGGUAUUGGUGAAGCUUUGAUGUAUUCACCGGUUCAUAGAAAUCAUGCUGCGACCUAUGUCUGUUCGGCAUCCAAUACCGAGGGUGAAAGUAGCCCAGUUUCCGUUCAAAUCUCCGUUAAUUAUCCACCGAAAAUUGACUCCGUUGGACCAGAUCGAUUAUCAACGGCUUUACUUUAUUCUGGUGCUUCAUUUGAAUGUAACGCUGAUGCUAUGCCACCCGCUGACUAUAGAUGGGAACAAGUGUUUACUGAUGGAAGGCCUCCAGCUGAAUGUGGGAAAGGUCAACGUUUAAUCCUAACAAAUGUUACUUAUCAGCAACAGGGUCAAUAUAUAUGUCUGGCAUCCAAUACGAUAAAUGGUAAAGUUCGUGAAGUGAAAAGUAUUCCAGUGUCUUUGGAAGUUGUUGGAGCUCCAAGGGUAGUGAAGCCACUAAGUACUGAGAAAUACAUCGUGUCAACAACUGAAGGAAGUCCUGCCAGAUUGGAAAUCAGAUUGUGUUCUAAUCCAAAGCCGCGGCUGGUCGCCUGGGAAUGGGGAAGCACAAGACUCCAUGCCGGUGAAGUAUUGGAGUCUAGGUACAGAGCAUUAGAUUUAGAACCACUGCCAUCAGAAGAUUGUUUUAUUGCAACUUUAGAAUUAACUAGUACUGUUAAAGAGGAUCAAAGACUUUAUUAUGUAAUCGUUGAAAACGAUCGUGGAAGUGAUAGACGGACAUUAAUGUUACGAGUAGACGAACCAGGCCAGAUACCGCUCGUUAUUGGCGCAGUAGCGGGAUUCACCGUUCUCUCGGUUUUGAUAAUGGGUUUCAUUUGUUUCCUUCGUUCAGAUAGAUGUUGCGUCUCCAGAAACACUGGCCCGACGCUUCAGCAAGUUCACUGUACAAAAGCGUCAAAUGCAAUGAUAGAAGAUCCAAGACUGAGUGUAGAACCAAUGGAACGAGCGAGAGAACAAUUUACAUCAGAGAAACGUCAGAAUCAUGUACUGAAACCAGUACCAACUCAACAAUAUCAACAAGACUGUUAUCAACUAAAUCGACAUGAGCCAUUACACGAGCCACAUUAUCAGAGGCAUCAUCUCCACAGCCAACAACUUCAUGGACCUCAGUACACAAUUCAGCGUGGAACUGGGCUCAAGACCGAAAGACUGAACGAUUCUAAUUCAAUCCGGAAUGUUUCGCGACCUCGUUACAGGACCUAGAUGAACGUGUCUUGAAUGGGUAGCCCCGAAAUACAAUAAGAAUGCCAAACUCAGAAGCUAUAUAAUUGUAUUGUUAUUUAAAGGGAUGAACGCUCAAGCCUGCCUGUGACGCUCACCGAAUAAGUGUGAUUCCUUAAUGACUAAUUAUUACAAUGUAAUAAAUAAUCAAAUUAAAAAAAAAUAAAAAUAAAAAAAUAAUUAAAUAUUAAAUUACUUAUAUUAUAAAUAUAAAUAUAUAAAUAUAAAUAUAAAUAUAAAUUAAUCGUGAAGAGUGAUAAAUAAUAAGUUUAAAUAAUAUAUUUGCGGGAACAUUUUCAAGCUUUGUAUUUUGAGCAAUUACUCAAUGAGUUGGCGAAAAAAAAAAAAAAAAAUUUAUUUAUUUUUUUGUAAAUUAUCUAAAAUUACAGUAACUUGAAGAGAUUUGUAAUCUGUACUAUAACGGUGCUAAAUUUUUUUUAAGCUCUUAUAAGUACAACUUAUACAAAUUUAAAAAUCUUAAAUAAAUAAUUAUAUAAUUAUUAAUUUAUUAAGAUUUCAUUUUACAUUAAUAAAUUUAACGACCAUAUAUGUUUGGCACAUUUAAUAAAUAUAUAAAUAAGUUAUUGAAUGAGUAUAGAUCACUUGACAGGCUUCAAGCCAUUAUUGUGUUCAUAAAAAAAAAAAAAAAAAAAUUCUAUGUAUUAAUUUAAAAUGAAAUAUAUGCACACAUUGAAUGAAAUAAAAAAAUAUGGGUGGGUUUUAAAAAUAAGAUUGAAGUACUUAAGUGAAAUUAUGAUUGUUUAUAAUUCUUUGACCUUUUAUAUAAAGUCCUAAAAAAAAAAGAUCCUUGAGCCGAACUCCUCAAUUUUAUCAAUAAUUUUGAAUUCCUACCACAUCACAUACGUUUUUAAAUAUUAUUAUUUGAUUUGAAUAAUUACUCCUGAAUGUGCAUUACCCUUCGCUAAAUUUAGUUUAAUCCUUUAGAAAAUAAAUGUUAAACAAACCAAGAUUAAUUUUUGAAAAUCUUUUAAUGUAUUGGCAUUCUUUUUUAGUACUAAGGUAAAAGAUUUAGUACUCAAUCAGGGAACUAGUAUACUCGA